AUGAACGGCGACGAGAGCCACGACAACACACGCAAAUCCGCGAUGGAUUUAGAAUCCAUCCGACGCAAAUGGAAACCGGCCUUCGACCGAAUCUGUGACUCGUUUGACGCUCCGAUGGAGCACCAUUGCAAUGUUCUCACCCAGCAGCUCAUUCAUUUUAAUGAAGACAAAGCGGCUAUCCUUUCCGACGUGUUCAAGACUGUGGGCGAGCAACAGGCUCACAGGGCAUUCGACGACAUGCUGAGAGAAUUGAUCCCGUUGAGUCUACGCCGGCUCAUUUUGCUGAUUGGAAUCGACAGCACACCAGUCCCGGAGCAGACGAUUGUCGCACUUCCUCAGCCACUGCCAUCACCAACUCUAUCUGCCAAAUAUGUCACCAACACAGGCGCGGAAUCCUGGGCCAAGAAGCCCUCGGCUGUUGCUUGCAGUGAAGGCAAAGUUUUAAUGCCGUUCGGCUUUGAAAUUGACGCCCAAGCCACCACCGUAACGGUACAACAAUCCCAGCGCCUGAUGUCUUCAUAUUUUACGUUUCGCUCUUCCAGCACUUAUAGGGUGCCAAGUACUGGGGCAACGACGGACGUGCAUAUUUUCAUGUUCGUCCAUACGAGCCGAGCUUCGAGCCUCUCAUUCUAG